UGUGUUUAGUUCUUAACAACCCUCCUUUACAUAUUUAUUUUUCAAACUUGAAAUAAUAACAUGGAAAGUCACCAAAGGUAAAGAGGAACUAACACCAAGAAAUUAAACCAUGGAAGAGGUGUUGAAUUCGAUUAGCCAUGGUUGCGAAUUAGCGAAGAAAAUAGAAUCGGAGCAACUAGCAAAUAUGGCGAAUAUCCAACCUGAUAUAUUGGUUUCUUCUAUUGAUGAAGUUGUGAAGGCAUUCAAUGGUGCAAAGGAGAAGCUGUUGAUGACUAUGGUGAAUAACAAUUCUUCUUCUUCUUCUUCUUCAUUUGCUCAACAACAAAUGGGUGCAUGCGGGGCAAGUUCUUUCUCAAUUAUGAUGCAAGAAUGGAUGAUGAAGUCUUCUUCUUCUACAAGCUAUGCUGCACAGACAACAAUGGAUCAGGUUUUGUUGCAAAUGCAAGGAUUCCCUGCUGGCGGCGGGGAUCUUCAGCAGUUAAGAAAUGUUGAAGGAUCAUCAUCUAUGGACAAAUCAAUGAAAGGCCUUGAGGUACAUCAACUAUCACCUUCAAGGCCACGGAAAAGGAAGAAUGAUGCGGAGAAGAGAGUAGUGAAUCUUCCAGCUCAACAACUUGGAAACACAGAAAUGCCUAUGGAAGAUGGAUUCACUUGGAGAAAAUAUGGUCAGAAAGAGAUACUUGGUUCUAAGUAUCAAAGGAGUUAUUACAGGUGCACCCACCAGAAACAAUAUGGAUGCCCAGCAAAGAAACAAGUGCAGAAAAUUGAUAACAAUCCAAACAUAUUUGAAGUAACAUACGUUGGGGAUCACACAUGCCACAUGUCAUCAACAGCACCAUCAUCAUUUCCACAGCAACUUCAACUUGAUAACAUUAACAUAAUGCCUCCCAAUAAUCCUCUUCAAGGAGCAGGAGGACCUAACACUUCCUCUCCUUCUUCUUCUAUGUGGAUGCACUCAGUUAGCCUCAGUCUCGGCGGCGGCGGCGAUGGCAGCAGCAGCGCUGGUGCUGGACCCUCUACUUUGAAAUACGGUGUCGGCGGUGCUGAUUAUCUGGUGGCGGAUAUGGCUGAUGUUAUGUUUAAUUCUGGGAGUAGCAGUGGGAAUUGCAGUAUGGAAUCUCUCUUCCCUACUUCUGAUGAUCCAAGUGAAAAGAAAACCUGAUGGAAUCUCUCUGUUCAAGAAUUUAACAUUUCUCUAGAAAUUCUUACAAGUUUCUUAUUUAUCAUUCGAUACAUGCCAUGGUUAUUAUAUUAAUAGCCUUU